AUGGAUAUGGAUGUUCAACGCAGAUUUGAACUCAAAUUUUUGGAUCCGGCGCUGGAGAGUGCGGCGCUGUCCGAGCUUGGCGUGUCUGACCUUGGUGGUGGUGGUGGGGGGAGGGGAGGUUCUCCGGCUGUUCACGACCUUACUAGCGGCAGCAGCACCCGUGAGUUCAUCUAUCCGGCGUCAGUAUGGACACAAGGUUAUCACUCGUUAUAUGAGUGGUACAGAUCAGUGGAGAGUGAACAUUUCCCGGAUCCAACGGGUCAUAUGGAACGUAUAGACCAAUGGAACUUUGGAAUGAUAAAAUCAAAUUUGUUUCAUUUGUGUAAGUAUGAUAGAUCCUUUAAAGACAUAAGGGUAUGCACUUGGACAACCCUGAUGUUGUUUAUUCUUGCAAUUUUCAAUGUCUGUGUUAUCGCUAAUAGGUUUACAGGGAUUGCAGGGGAAACUUUUGGGAUGUUGAUUUCUGUACUUUUCAUUCAGGAAGCCAUCAAGGGACUAGUGAGUGAGUUCACGAUUCCUAAAAAUGAGGAUCCAAAUAAAGUGAAGUAUCAAUUUCAGUGGCUUUACACCAAUGGUAUUCUUGCAGUUGUAUUUUCAUUUGGGCUUUUAUACACUACAUUAAAAAGCAGGAAAGUAAGAUCAUGGUGGUUUGGAACAGACUAUGGAGUCCCAUUGAUGGUUAUAGUAUGGACAGCUGUCUCUUUCAGUGUACCAAGCAAACUCCCUUGUGGAGUUCCAAGAAUACUUUUUAGUCCACUCUUAUGGGAAUCUGAAUCAACAUACCAUUGGACUGUUAUCAAGUUAGCUCAACAGAAAGAAUUCAACCUCAAGAAUCCUUCAGCCUAUCAUUAUGAUAUUCUUUUGCUUGGAUUCAUGUUUAUUAGAAAGAAGCUAGUAACAAGUGCUAAGGAAAGCAUAAAGCAGAAAGCUAGCAAUUCCGAAAUCUACAACAAGAUGCAAACUGUUUUCAUAGAAAUCGAUAGCCCUCCAAUUACAACUACGAUAGUGAGAGAACUAAAAGACUUGCAAGAAGCAGUGAUGAAAGUAGAAGAUGGAGAAGAAAACACAAAGGGGAAGUUUGAUCUUGAGGAGCACAUUGAUGCACACUUACCUGUUCUUAUAAUGGGCAAACCAGAAUAUGGAUCUACUGUUCAUGUCAUUACUUGCCAUCCACGUCCGGUGGACAGUAGCCCAGUACACCAAGUGGCAAACCAAUGA